AUGUCAUACCAUCCAUCACGAAGCCCGGACCGUCACCACCCCCUGGACACCGGUGCAUGGCAGGCCGGAGGUGCACCGUUUCAUGUCCCUGUAGCAGCAGCCGAUCCACACCCUCGGGACGGACUGCCGGCCUGGAAGUGGUGGGCUUUGCUGGUCGCGAACUGCUCUCUCAGCAUCAUGCACGGAUACGACGUUAGCAAUGUCGCCAACAUCCAGGCGUCCAUCUACCGGGCCUUCGGACACAUGGAGCUGCUGCACUGGGUCGCCCUCAGCUACUCGGUCUGCAACAUCGCCUUCAUCCCCCUGGGCCGCAAGCUGUUCAAGUUCGCCGACUUCAAGACGCUGAACCUCGUGUCCAUGCUCUUCAUCAUCGCCGGCUCUGCGCUCGCCGGAGCCGCUCCCAACAUCCAGUCCAUCAUCGCCGGCCGCGGCCUCAUGGCUCUAGGAACUAGCGUCAUCUACCAAGGGAUCCUCAGCUUCAACAUCAUCUUCGCGUAUCCCCACGAACUCGGUCUGGUACAAGGCGUGAUCGGCGCGUGUUUUGCCGUGGGCCUGAUACUGGGUCCCAUUAUAGGAGGCGCCUUCGCAGCUAGCGAGCACGCGACGUGGCGAUGGGCAUUCUACCUCGUCAUCCCGCUGUGCGCCGUGAGCUUCGUGCUGCAAGCGCUGUUCUCGCCGCGGUACCGCGUGCCGGGGGGGCCCAAGUCGACGUGGGCGCACGUGCGGGAGAUCGACUGGCUCGGGGGCGCGCUGCACGCGGGGGUGUGCGUGCUGUUCGCGGUGGGGUGCGGGGCGCUGGGGUCCGCGGGCGCGGGCGCGGGCGGUGGCGGCGAGGCGGUGACGGCGGCGGCGGUCUGGGCCUUCUUCGGGCUCGCGGCCGCCGCGUACGCGGUGCAGCAGGCGUCGGGCGCCAGCGCCGAGCGCCGGCUGCUCGCGCCCUGCGCGCGGCUGCGCGACCGCGCCGUGCUGACCACCUGGGUCUGCACCGCGGCCGCGGCGGCCUCGUACGGCGUCGCGCUGUACUACACGCCCAUCUACUUCGCCUUCACGCGCGGCUGCGGGCCGCUGGCCGCCGCGGCCCGCCUGCUGCCCUUCGUCGGCGCCUUCGUCGGCGCCGUCGUGCUCGCCGGCGCGCUGCUCCCCGCCGCCCGCGUCUACCAGCCCUUCUUCGCCCUCGGCGCCGCCCUCCUGCUCGCCGGCGCCGCCGCCCUCCAGACCCUGCGCCCCGACUCCCCCGAGCCCGCCCUCAUGGCCUUCGAGGCCCUCGUCGCCGCCGGCGUCGGGCUCAACUGGCAGCUCGGCGUCGCCGUGUGCACCGCGCGGCUCCCCCGCGACGGCGGCGCCGACAAGGGCGCCGAGAUCGAGGCCCGCCUCGACCUCGCCCUGCUCAGCAACCUCGCCCAGCUCGGCGGCAUCGCCGCCGCCCUCGCCGUCGCCGGCAUGGUGUACGACAGCGUCGGCGCCCGCUCGCUGCGCCAGGCCGCGCGGGCCGGCGUCGCGCUCUCCGCCGCGGACAUCCGGGAGCUGCUGGCCGGCGUCGACUCGCCGCUGCUCGCGGCGGACGGCGACCCAGCGGUGCUGCGCGCCGCCGUGGCCGCCGUCACGGACGCGGUGCGGGCCUGCUUCGCCAUCCUGCUCGGCGCCGGGGCGCUGUGCUUCGUCGCCGCGUGCGCCAUGGAGUGGGAGGCGCUCGACUUCAAGCCGAAGCCGCAGUUGGCGGCAGCGGGCGCCGGUGGCGGUUCUGGCUCCACGCGGUGCGCUCCGGGGUACGCGGCGGACGGCACGCGGGACGGGAGGUCGACCGACGACGACGAUUUCCUGCUGAGGGAGCUGCCCGCGCGGCCGGGCACCGGUAGCGACGCCUCGGCUGUGACCGUCGGCGGCGAGCCGUCGAUCCUCCAGGAUCUGCCGCCCGCCCACCACGACCGGGUGUAA